GCGGUUGACCAAAAUGAAAGGGGGUAUAUACCUUUGUAUGCUGCAUAUUCUUAUUGGUGUUUGUUUUCCAAGCAUUCGAUGCCCCCUUAAAUACCUAUCCUGCAGUCAUCAACUACCCCAACUAAACUGCAUCUCCUCCAUCCCUAGAUUUCUUCCUCCAGUUUCUUGUCUCAAGUGAAAUCCAAGGAGCAGGUAAUUUUGAAGAACUGUUGGAAGGAGAGAAAAUCUAACAAUGCCGAGACAACAAUUGGAAGUGCUUAAUGCACUUGAUGUGGCCAAAACCCAAUUGUACCAUUUCACUGCAAUUGUGAUUGCAGGAAUGGGUUUUUUCACAGACGCUUACGAUCUGUUCAGCAUUUCCCUUGUCACCAAGUUACUGGGACGCAUAUAUUACUUCCAUCCAGAUCGCGCAAAACCAGGCACCUUACCACCCGGCGUUGCGGCUUCCGUGACUGGUGUCGCCCUAGUCGGAACCCUAGCCGGGCAGCUGUUCUUCGGCUGGCUCGGUGACAAAAUGGGAAGGAAAAGAGUGUAUGGCAUGACCCUAGUUCUCAUGGUUGUGUGCUCACUGGCCUCCGGUUUUUCCUUUGGCGAGACCCGUAGGGGUGUCAUGGCCUCACUGUGCUUCUUCAGGUUUUGGCUAGGGUUUGGCAUUGGUGGUGACUAUCCUCUCUCAGCCACUAUCAUGUCCGAAUAUGCCAACAAGAAGACUCGUGGUGCAUUCAUAGCUGCUGUCUUCGCCAUGCAAGGGUUCGGAAUCCUGGCAGCAGGAAUUUUUGGUCUGAUUGUGUCUGCUGCAUUUGAUCAUGGUUAUCCUGCCCCGGCUUACGAGGAUGAUCGGGCUGGCUCCACUGUGCCACAAGCAGACUACAUUUGGCGCCUCAUUUUGAUGUUCGGGGCUUUUCCGGCUCUCCUAACUUACUACUGGCGGAUGAAGAUGCCUGAAACCGCCCGUUACACCGCCCUGGUGGCCAAGAAUGCUAAACAAGCUGCUCAGGACAUGGCUAAGGUUUUACAAGUUGAACUUGACCCUGAAGAGGCUAAGGUUGAGAAGUUUGUUCAAGAACCAAACAAUUCUUUCGGGUUGUUUUCAAGGGAAUUUCUUCGUCGUCAUGGUCUUCACUUGCUCGGAACCACUUCCACAUGGUUUUUAUUGGACAUUGCCUUCUACAGUCAGAACCUUUUCCAAAAGGAUGUGUUCAGUGCAAUUGGGUGGAUUCCGAAAGCAGAGACCAUGAAUGCAGUUCAUGAGGUGUAUUUGAUUGCAAGGGCACAAACCAUAAUUGCAAUAUUCAGUACGGUCCCGGGAUACUGGUUUACAGUGGCUUUCAUUGAUGUUAUAGGCCGGUUCGCCAUCCAACUCAUGGGUUUCUUCUUCAUGACAGUGUUCAUGUUUGGCCUCGCCAUUCCUUACCAUCACUGGACACUAAAACCUAACCGAAUUGGAUUCAUUGUAAUGUACUCCUUCACUUUCUUCUUUGCCAAUUUUGGGCCUAAUGCCACCACAUUUGUAGUGCCAGCCGAGAUUUUCCCGGCUAGGCUGAGGUCAACUUGCCAUGGCAUAUCGGCUGCAGCUGGGAAGGCCGGAGCCAUAGUUGGUGCGUUCGGGUUUUUGUAUGCUUCACAAAACAAGCAUAAGAGCUUGACAGAUUUUGGAUACCCACCCGGUAUCGGUGUGAAGAAUUCGCUUAUUGUGCUUGGAUGUGUCAACUUCUUGGGGAUGGUUUUCACUUUCUUAGUGCCUGAGUCCAAGGGGAAGUCACUUGAAGAAUUGUCAGGUGAGAAUGAGGGUGAUGAUUCGGAUCCAGCUGCAGAUCAGUCUGCUUCGAAUAGGACUGUUCCAGUAUAAUUGGGGUGAAUUCUGAAGCCAAAGUUAAGUGAAUGAAUUUUUAUUCAGCUAUAUGUACGUGUGGAUGUUCAAGAAUGAUGUGUUUCUAGUUCUGAAUAAUAUAAAUAUUUGUUUCAAGUACUUUGCUUUUGUAAAUUUAAAAGCAAUUUUACAAUGUUUGUGUUUGAUGUUAUUGUAUGAAUGUGAUGUGAUCCUCAUUUAUUAAUUUCUAUUAUGAGUUACUAUUUUGUUUU